AUGAGCGAGCUCCCCAUCUCGUGCGUCCGGUGUCGCCGCCGCAAAAUCAAGUGCAACAAGCGCAAGCCCUGCAACCAGUGCGUUAAGCACGGCGUGCCGUGCCAGUUCCCCUCCAAGUUUCGCAACGUGUCUUUCGACGAGGGCCCGGAGGCUAGCCUUAACGGGCCCUGCACCGCGGAUCCGGCCGGCGCCGCCAACCCCGCGCUGCCCGCCAGCGUGUGCGAGUUGGAGCAGCAGGUGCGCCGCUUGCAGUUGGAAAACCAGUAUAUCCGCGAGGAGUUCCAGCGCCACACACAGCGGCCCGGGGACUCGGACCUGGACCCGGGCCCGGUCUCGGACUGGGCCCUGUCGCCCGCACACCCGUUCCACAUCCGCGGCGAGACCACGGAGAACGGCGAGAAGUACUACGGUCCGCUCCUGGCCAACAACAUGACCGAAGACUUCGACAAGAUCGCCAGCGGCGCCAGCGGUGGGGACCCCGGCGUGCCGCUCCAGCACCACCGCUGGACCAGCGACCCGUUCCGGAUCGCGGACAGCGACGGCGACGGCGACUCGGACGCCAGCUCGGGCAGCCGCCCGCACAAUGCCCACACCCAGCCAUUACCGUGGCUCGUGGACCCGGCCGCGCACCCGGCCGCCAACGUGCGGGUCAUCAAGGCGCUCGUGCACAGCUUUUUCGAGACCAAGGCGUACGACUACUUUAUCUCCGAAGCGCGGGUGGUGCGGGCCGUGGACGAGCACGCGUGCGGGACGCACCUGGACGGUGCUGGCGACGGCGACGGCGGCGGCGACUUGCUCCUCUUGCACAUGGUGUUGAUGUUGGCGCUCCAGCGGCUCGGCCUGGCGCAGUACAACGGGCUCUUCCGACCGGCCGUGGCGGGCUUCGCGCCGAUGUGGCGGGCGACUCGGUCCGUGCAGAAGCGGCUCUUCCGUGGCUUCUCACGACUCCGCCACAACCUCGCCAACGAGUCUUACGUCACGGUGCAGGCGUACAUCCUCUGUGCCGAGUGGGAGUUCGUCGAGCAGCGCUACGAGGAGGCGUGGGCCAUGAUGUUCCACUGCUGCGCCAUCGCGUACGCGCUCGGGUUGCACGUGGUGUCCAAGGCCACGUCGCUGCUCUACGAGCCGCAGGCGUAUGGUGACAAGCAGGCCCCGCCGGCGCGCGGGCUGCCCGCCACGCGGUCCAAAGACGGCUACGACGACUUCUACGCGGACGAGUUGCCCAAGCUCCGCGUGUGGUUUGCGUUGCGCAACCUCUGCUCGCAGAUGUGCCUGAUCUUGGGCCGGCCCAACCCCAUCAUGGUGCAGGUCAACCACGUGUCGUUGCCCGUGGCCAGCACCUGCAACGUGGAGGACGCGCGGGCACUCGACUCGUUGACCAGCACGCUCUUGAAGCUGGGCUUGAGCGAGUGCGUGCGCCUCAGCAACUCCAACAUGAUCGACAGCUUCUUGGCCCAGCUCUCCAUGGACAGCGUGUGGGCCAUCAACGCGCAGUUCGGCGCGGAGAUCGACAAGCUCUCGUACUACUUGGGCCUGCUGUACCAGGCGCACAUCGACGGCGUGGUCAAGAAGAUCGACCCGCUCACGGACAUGCCCGCCACGGUCACGCGGCGCGACGUGCUCGUGGACUUGGUCGUGUUGCACGUCAACCGCGUCAAGUUGUUGCAGCCGUCCGUGGCCCGCCCCGUGCCGCACAACGACGCGCUCAACUACAUCAUGGGCUCCAUCCUCUUGUUCUACGAGCACACGUGCGAGCUCGUGUCGGAGUUCGUCAAGGACGAGGUCCCGCGCAUCCUCGAGUGUGCCGACGCCGCGGGCGCCGCCGCCGCCAAUGCCGAGGACAUCCGCCUCGACAAGGUGUUUGUCUUCCGCGACCCGUUUUUUGCGUCGUUCAUCUACCAGGGCAUGGUGGUCACGUACAUCUUGAUCAGCACCAAAGCGCACUAUUUCAUCCAGGAGAGCAGCGGUGCCUUCGUGGACCAGCUCGAGGCCCUGCUCCACACGCUCUUGGGCUUGCACUCGUCCAUCGCUAAGCUCGUGCGCGAGAACAUCCACCUCUGGUCUCGUAGCAACCUCAUUUUGAUGCGCAAGAUCCUCGACAACAUCGCCAUCAUGAAGCAGGCCUCCAAGGCCCGCGCCGGCAGCGGCGCGCUGCCCACCUUCAGCGGCUUUGACUACGACCCGCAGAUCGGCGAGAUGCUCGGCAUCAACAUGCGCGAUCCGUUCUGGGUGGGCAGCCCCGAGAACUCGCCGCACUUUUUGGGAAUUCUGGCCGGGCUUGGUGCGGCGCCUGGCCCCAAGCUGCGUGUGCCGGGCUACAUUCCCGGUCUGCAAGGGCAGCUUUUCGGCCCGGGCCCAAUCGUGGGCCACGACACCGAGUACAGCCUGAUCCAGACAGAGGCGGACAUGGUGGGGGUCAUUGACAUUGAUGCGGACGGCGGCGAGACCCUUGGGAACUCGCACAACCCGCACAUGCUCUGA